GUUGGUAUCAUAUUCAAGUGUCAGUGGUUGAAUGUUCUCUAAUUUGUGAUGAAAAUGGCUCCCAAAGCAAAUGAAGACAUCCGGGUUUUUUUAAAGAAGAACUGAAGUUCAGUUGCUGUCUACAGAUGAGGGCUACAUCUGGCUGACUGGAGUGUGCAGUGAUAGUGCUGAUCGGGGGACAGAGGAGGGAACACAGACAUGGACACCAAAGUGGAAAAGAGGGAACACUGGAGGAAGAAAAGGGAAUAUAUUCUGGCAGUAGCAGGCAAUGUGGUGGGCCUGGGCAAUGUGUGGCGAUUCCCCUACCUGUGCUUUAAGAAUGGAGGAGGUGUCUUCCUGUUGCCUUACCUCUUCUUUGCUUUGCUGUGUGGUGUACCACUGUUCCUGCUGGAGACUGUGAUUGGUCAGUACACACAAGAAGGCGCCAUCACCUGCUGGACCAAGCUCUGUCCACUAUCAAAGGGAACUGGCUAUUCUAUCAUAAUGAUCCAGCUGUAUUCCAGACUCUACAGCAUUGUCCUGGCCUGGGCCCUACUUUACUUCAUCUACUGUUUCAGAGGUAUUCUGCCCUGGGCCACCUGCAACAAUCCCUGGAACACAGACAGAUGUGUUGAUCUCACCUCUGCAAACUGGACUGCAAUACACCGCGGCAGCCUGACAGUAAACUGGACAUCUGGAAUUCUUACCAAGUCUUCAGUCUCUGAGUUCUGGGAGAGAGGAGUGUUGUCCAUGUCUGGGGGAAUAGACGAGCUUGGCACAGUAAAUUGGGAGCUGGUGCUGUGUCUCCUGGCCUGUUGGGUGGCCUGCUACUUCUGCAUCUGGAAAGGUGUCCGCUCCACAGGAAAGGUGGUGUAUGUCACGGCGGUGUUCCCCUAUGUUAUGCUGGCCAUCCUGCUGGUGAGGGGGUUAACUUUGCCAGGAGCCUGGCAGGGUGUGGUCUACUACCUGUAUCCAGAACCUUCUCAUCUGGCAGACAUUCAGGUGUGGAUGGAAGCCUGCGCUCAGGUCCUCUUCUCGUAUGGUUUAGCAUCAGGGACCUUAAUCACUUUGGGCAGCUACAACAAAGUCAAGAACAACUGUUACAAGGAUUGUCUAUGGUUGUGUGUGCUCAACAGCAUCACCAGCUUCCUUGCCGGGUUUGCAGUUUUCUCAGCUCUGGGCUUCAUGGCCCAGUCCCAGGGAAUUCCCAUCGACAUGGUUGUUGAAUCAGGACCUGGGCUGGCGUUUAUAGCAUUUCCUCAGGCUAUAGCCAUGAUGCCCCUGCCUCAGUUGUGGGCUGCCUGCUUCUUCAUCAUGCUCAUUAUGUUGGGGCUGGACACAUUGUUUGCAGGUUUGGAAACUAUAACAUCAUCGGUGAUUGACAUGUUUCCAGGAAUAAUGCGCAGACCCUGGUAUAGAGAAAUCUUCCUCCUCCUCUUCUGCUCUGUCUGCUUCAUCAUACAGAUCCCUCUCACCACUCAGGGAGGAGUCUAUCUGUUCCAGCUGGUUGAUCACUAUGGUGCUAACGGAGCAUCAAUAUUAUUUGUAUCUCUGGUCCAGUGUGUGGCUGUUGGAUGGGCCUUUGGGGCUGAGCGCAUGUGUGAUGCAGUUGAAGAAAUGACAGGACAGAGGCCUUGGGUCAUUUUCAAACUGUGCUGGCGUUACUUCACCCCUCUGAUUUGCAUGGUUUGCUUCAUUUGCUCAUUUCUGGACCAUGAGCCCCUGACAUCUAAGGACUAUGUCUACCCAGACUGGGCCUACUAUCUUGGCUGGGUCAUAGCCCUCUCCACUAUAGUUAUAAUACCCAUCUGGGCUAUUGGCAAGAUCUGCCUUACCAAGGGCUCCCUCAGACAGCGUCUAUUGGUCCUGUGGCAUCCUGUUAGUGACCCUGUUGGUCCCGAGACAAAUAAAGAAAGUCUCCUGAAUGAAACAGAGAUGAAACCAAUCUCAGUCCCUCUCCCUGACAUUUUAUGAGUCUGUAUGAAUAUUCAUUAAAGGCUAUCAAACCAAAAGCAUAUUACACUAGAGAAACUACAUUGUCAUACACAAUAUUUUUACACGAUUGCUCUUAACAUAUGAUAUGAGCAUGAUUUGUCAGUAUGAUAUAUUGGCUGUGUGCUAUGUGAAUAUUAUGUAACUAUUAGUCACCAUGCUUUGAUUUAUUCUACAAAAUAUAGAGGAAUGUGAUUGAAAAUGUUGUGCUUAUAUCAUUUAAUGUUUUGUAUUGGUUUCAUAUUAUAACUAUAAAUGUUCAAGUAUUUAAUGGUAGCUUUGUGUUUGCGGGUUAUUUUAACAUUGGGGCUGUUCCAUUGGUCUAAUAUGAGGCUUCUCAUGAGUGCUUCUAGAUAUUGGCUAGUAAUUAUUUAAAAAUAUAUAUUCUUGAAUGGUAUAAACAAUAUAUAUUUUUUAAUAAAAAUCUUUACUCACA